AUGGCCUUGCCGGUGGGGCUCCUGUUGCUCUGGGUCUGUGGAUUUCACUGUGUGGUCUGUCCUGACUAUGAGGAUGAUGAUCCUCCAGCUGUAGAAACUAUAAUUCACUUUCCAGAAGUCAAAGAUGGCAAAUGUUUCUUUCCAUUCCAUUACAAAAAUGGAAUAUUCUAUGACUGCGUCAAGCUCAAGACGAAACACAAGUGGUGUUCCGUAAAUGAGACUUACCAAGGCUAUUGGAAAUACUGCUCUGAAGACGACUUUGCAAAAUGCGUGUUUCCCUUCUGGUACAGACACAUGAUCUACCGGGAAUGUACUGAAGAUGGGGAUGCCUUUGGGAGAAAAUGGUGUUCCCUGACCCAGCAUUAUAACAAAGACAAGAUUUGGAAAUAUUGUGACUGA